AUGAAGUCUAGCUCCGGAGGAGGGUCCCCGACCUCGCUGUGGGGACUCCUGUUUUUCUCCGCCGCGCUCUCGCUCUGGCCCACGAGUGGAGAAAUCUGCGGGCCGGGCAUCGACAUCCGCAACGACUACCAGCAGCUGAAGCGCCUGGAGAACUGCACGGUGAUCGAGGGCUACCUCCACAUCCUGCUCAUUUCCAAGGCCGAGGACUACCGCAGCUACCGCUUCCCCAAGCUCACAGUCAUCACCGAGUACCUGCUGCUGUUCCGCGUGGCCGGCCUGGAGAGCCUGGGCGACCUCUUCCCCAACCUCACGGUCAUCCGCGGCUGGAAGCUCUUCUACAACUACGCCCUGGUCAUCUUCGAGAUGACCAACCUCAAGGACAUCGGGCUCUACAACCUGCGGAACAUCACCCGCGGGGCCAUCCGGAUCGAGAAGAAUGCCGACCUCUGCUACCUCUCCACGGUGGACUGGUCCCUGAUCCUGGACGCCGUUUCCAACAACUACAUCGUGGGGAACAAGCCCCCCAAGGAGUGUGGGGACCUGUGCCCGGGCACGAUGGAGGAGAAACCGCUGUGCGAGAAGACGACCAUCAACAACGAGUACAACUACCGCUGCUGGACGACAAACCGCUGCCAGAAAACGUUCCUGUUCUCCGAGCGCCUGUGUCGGACACUUGGGUACCACGUGGAUGCUGCCUUUUCCAGCCGGACACCGAGGCCUUUCCGCGCGAGGUGCUUCCCCAGUCUGCCUUCUUCUGUCUCCCCUCUGCUGGCUCAGCGACACGGCCUCUCCCUGGCAGCCCUGCCUGUCCGCCUCGCCCCAGUGGCCUUGUCCACACGCAUGCUGACCCUCAGGCUGCUCUCCCUGGAAUCCUGUGAAGGAGCCCGUGGGAGCCCACGAAGCGGGCCUUGCACCUGGCCUUGUGCCUGCGGGUCUGUGGCCCCGCUGAGCAGCUGGCCGCCCGCUGCUGGAGGCCUGGGGGGCUUGGUGGACUCUGGUCGUCAGAGUGAACACCGUGAGGUCCCUGACGUCACGGUGCGGCCAGUGAGUGGGCCUGGGCUCUGCCAGGGGCCCCACCAGGCCGGCUUCGCUGCGGCGCUGCCUUCCUGCCGUCCAAAGGGGACGUCUGGGGACGGCGGCCCGGAGCGCGGUGCCUUUCCUACCGCCUUCAGCGAGGAGAAACCAGGGAGACAGCGCAGGAAACACACACUGGCUCCCUCUGUCCUCCCCGAGAUCUUCCUUCCGUUCGAGGGGAUCAGAUUAGAACCCGUGCCGGACUUCUGCAAGUCCCGAAAGGGGGCCUCCAAGGAGCCUGCUGAUCUAACCCUGGUGUGGGGACCCUGGCAGCUGGGGGUCAGCUGGCGGGGAGCUCUUUGGUGUGAGAUCGCUGUCUCCGUAUGGCCGUCCUCCUGCCAUCCGGGGGGCCGGGCACUGUGGAUUCCUGUGUGCUUAGUCACCGGGCCGAGGCUGUGGGAGGAUGGGGAGACCGUGGAGGCUGCUGUCACCCCAAAGGAAUGCCCGCUGCCGGGCCGCCGGCCGGAAAAGGUCUUCUGCCGGCGGCCCGCUGAGGCCAAGGGAAGCCCCCUCCUCUCCUUUGCCUGGCCAGCGCUGCACUCCCUGGCUGUGACUGUUUCAACUCACUUUUUAAAUGCCUAUUUUUGUUGUGUGCAUUCCUGGGCCCGUAAACACCCAUGGCUAUUCAAGACAGGCGUUUUAGUGAAAAGCGAGGUUUCCAGCAAGAAACCCUCCCCACUGGAUCGGAUGGCCUGUCCAGGAAAAGCAGGCCAGGCGUGGUGGGGGUGCAGAGAUCAGCUCCGAGGCUUCGGCCUGGGUGGUCUCCUGCUCCGGGGACCCCCUGAGACCCUGUUUGUGGGGCAGCAGAACAAGACGAUGGGGGCCCCGGCCCUCCCCCUGAGCCAGCUCCGACCGAGACCCCCGGGUGUGGGCGCUGGCCCUUGCCCCAGCAGCGCUCUCAGCGGCUCCUUUACCGCGGCGGGGAAGCCCCCAGGGUCGUCCGUUCUGUGGGCACUUCUCGUGGGAGGUGGUGGAGCAGGCCGGGCAGCCCAGAGCCCUGGCCCUGUCAGCGCCAGCGCUGACACCCUGGUCAGGAGCUUCCUUUUCUGUGGCUUCCCUCUCGAUGCAGCCCCCGUGGGCUGGCCGCAGUCUUCUGCGGGCCCUGAGCUCGGCCCUGGGGAUGAGGAGGAGGGCCCUCAGCUGCUGUCCUGGCAGAGACUGCCGUGUUCAUAA